GUAUCUGUAAUGCUGCACUUUACUUUUCGGUUCAUAGCCAUAGAGGUGUGUUAUUACUAUUAUAUUUAAAUUCGCCUUUAUUCAAUGUUGACCAUUUUUCAGUGUUAAUUAUUAAAUAAUCGUGCAAAACACAGUAUAUAAAAUGUCUUUUAUACCCGGUUCUUUGGGUUUUGAUGAAUUCGGUACGCCGUUUAUCAUCAUAAAAGAUCAACAUAAGCAGAAAAGACUUACUGGUAUCGAUGCAUUAAAGUCUCAUAUUAUGGCAGCACGGUCUGUUGCGAAAACCUUAGUUACAUCUUUAGGUCCAAAAGGCCUAGAUAAGAUGAUGGUAUCCUCAGAUGGUGAAGUAACUGUCACUAAUGAUGGUGCUACCAUACUUAACAUGAUGGAUGUUGAUCAUGAAAUAGCUAAACUUAUGGUACAAUUAUCACAAUCUCAAGAUAAUGAAAUUGGUGAUGGAACCACUGGCGUAGUUGUGAUUGCUGGUGCAUUACUUGAGCAAGCUGAACAUCUACUUGAUCAAGGUAUUCAUCCUAUUAGAAUUGCUGAUGGUUUUGAAUUAGCUGCCCAAAGUGCAUGUAAGCAUUUGGACUCUAUUGCCGAUUCAUUCCCUGUUGAUGUCAAUAACUUGGAACCUCUUAUUAAAACAGCUAUGACAACUUUAGGAUCAAAAAUAGUAAAUAAAUGUCAUCGUCAAAUGGCUGAAAUAGCGGUAAAUGCUGUAUUAUCUGUAGCAGAUUUUGAAAAACGUGAUGUCAACUUUGAAUUAAUUAAAGUUCAAGGAAAAGAAGGUGGUAGAUUAGAAGAUACUAUUUUAGUUAAAGGUGUUGUUGUUGAUAAAGACUUUUCUCAUCCUCAAAUGCCCAAGGAACUUAAAGAUGUCCACUUAGCUAUUCUUACCUGUCCAUUUGAACCUCCAAAACCAAAAACAAAACAUAAAUUAGAUGUUUCAUCUGUAGAAGAUUAUAGAGCACUUCGUAAAUACGAACAAGAUACAUUUAAUGAAAUGGUGAAAAAAGUAAAAGAUGCUGGUGCUACAUUAGCUAUUUGUCAAUGGGGUUUUGAUGAUGAAGCCAAUCAUUUACUACUUCAACAUGAAUUACCUGCUGUACGUUGGGUUGGUGGACCAGAAAUUGAGUUGAUUGCUAUUGCUACUGGUGGAAGAAUUAUUCCUAGAUUUGAAGAAGUUUCUAAAGAAAAACUUGGUUAUGCAGGAAAAGUUAGUGAACUUUCAUUUGGUACUACUAAAGAUAAAAUGUUAGUUAUUGAAGAAUGUAAGAAUUCAAGAGCUGUAACUAUCUUUAUUAGAGGUGGAAAUAAAAUGAUAAUUGAAGAAGCCAAGCGUAGUAUUCAUGAUGCUUUGUGUGUUGUACGUAAUUUAGUACAAGAUAAUCGUAUUGUUUAUGGUGGUGGUGCAGCUGAAAUUUCUUGUGCUAUUGCAAUUUCCUCUGAAGCUGAUAAGAUAUCUUCAAUUGAACAAUAUGCUUACCGAGCUUUUGCAGAUGCUUUAGAAAGUGUUCCAUUAGCAUUGGCUGAAAAUAGUGGGUUAUCUCCCAUUGAUACUUUAACUCAAGUAAGGGCCAGACAGAUCAAAGAAAAAAAUCCAGCCUUAGGAAUUGACUGCAUGUUAAUCGGAACUAAUGAUAUGAAAGAACAAAAUGUCAUUGAAACUCUUCAUAGUAAGAAACAACAAAUUAUUUUAGCAGCACAGUUAGUUAAAAUGGUGUUGAAAAUUGAUGAUGUAAGAGUUCCUGGAGAAAAUUAUGAGUAGUUUAUUAUAAAUUUAUCACACUUAAUUGUUUUCUUAUAAUCAGUCCUUUUUUUCUUAUUUCAUAAUUUACAUGUGUUAUGUAAGUUAAGGAAAAAUUUUAUAUUAAUAAACUUCACUACUAAUCAGUUAAAAAUUUAUAUUUUUAAUUAAUAAACUAUAAUGCUAACAGUAUGUUAAAUUAACAAAUAAAACAUCGAAAUUGGUGUAGUGUCCUUUAUUGUAAUACACAAAAUGGUACUUUUCGUUCUUUUACAUCAAACUCAUCAUUGCCUUCUUUCACUCCUUCGACAUUCACACCAGUGCCCCCCAAUAUGCCUGGAGGGCACACUGUUUGUCAUCUCAUUGCUAGUGUUGAUACCAUUGGUGGUCUUACUGGUUUAUUGUCAAGUAUACGUUCCAAUUCAGCCAUCACAUUAGCAUUGAGUUUAGGCAGCAACUAAAAAAUUUAUUUAUAUUAUAUUUUUUACUGUAAUCAUUAAAUUGUAAUAGAAAUGUUAGUUUUUUAUUUUAUAAAUAACAUUUUAAACAAAUAAAAAUCAAUUUUUAUAACAAAA